ACACAGAAGAUAAUUUUGCCUCUGGAUCUUUAUGACCUUCUACAUUUUUCCCUUCAAGUUGCUCAGGGAAUGUCAUUUUUAGCAUCCAAAAGUUGUAUUCAUCGUGAUGUUGCAGCGAGGAAUGUCCUGGUUACACAAGGACGUAUUGCCAAGAUCUGCGACUUUGGCCUGGCCAGAGACAUUGAAAAUGACUCUAAUUAUGUUGUCAAAGGCAAUGCUCGUCUACCAGUAAAGUGGAUGGCUCCUGAAAGCAUCUUUGAUUGUAUCUACACAGUACAGAGUGAUGUGUGGUCUUAUGGAAUACUGCUAUGGGAGAUCUUUUCACUUGGCAGAAGUCCUUAUCCUGGCAUUCUUGUCAAUCGAAAGUUUUACAAGCUGAUAAAGGAGGGCUACAAGAUGGAUUGUCCAAACUACUCUCCAUUAGAUGUAUAUCGCAUAAUGAAAGCUUGCUGGAAUUUGGAGCCUACACGGCGCCCAACGUUUAAUGAGAUCAGCUGUCUCAUAAAUAAGCAAAUGAGCAUGAUCAAAGAACAGGACUAUGCCAAUAUCUCACAGACAGAGGAAGAACAGGAGUGUCAGGAUACAAAGUGUGAAGCAGAGCACAAACUCAUUGUGGGAAAUAAUUACCAGUUUUGUUAGCCAUUUUACGAUCUAACAAAUCAUGGUGAUGUAAACAUCUUUGUUAGUGCUUGAGUUUUACUAUGAUUCUAGUACUUACAAUUCAGGGCAUUAUAUACUAUACAUUAAGCUAAUCAAGAUAUAUGUAUAUACUCUCACUACCCUGUAUUACUGAGAGUUGUAUAUAUAAAUGUAGCAGUAAAGUCACACCCACUGGAAAUGUAUUGUUUAUAUCCUACUGUUUUUUCACAUUUUGUAAAAAUGUUUUGAUUUCCCGACUGACAUAAUUCAUACUGCUGCCUACGGACUCCGACAAAUGGGGUUACCAGUGGAUUUGCUUCAUCUAUCUAGUUGAACAUUCAACAAAAAAAAGAAAAUAGUAAAAUGUUUGAACUUUUGCAGCACUGUAUGUACUGACAUCCAUUUUAAUCUGCUGAGGGGCUUAAGUACGUUCAUCAUACAAAAAGGACUAUUACACUCCAAAAUGUUCCAUCAAGCAUUUGAAAUGAAACAUUUAAACACAUGUUCAUUCUUUGUGACUGAAAAGUAUUGAAAUAAAAGGGGAUUAAAUGUAAACUGAACCAAUACAGCACUAUCAGUUGUGACUAGUAAAGCUCAAUAGCUACAUUUGUACCUGUAAGCCAAUAAGGCUUAGCAGGAAGUAUCUAUAGGCCAAUGAGCAUUAGGAAAAAGUACCUAGCAGCCAGUGAGCAACAGAAGGAAGUACACAGUUAAAGGGACAUUAAACCCCCCAAAAAUUAUUUCAUGAUUCAGAUAGAGGAUGCAAUUUUAACCAAUAUUCAAAUUUACUUCUAUUAUCUAAUUUGCUUCAUUAUUUAGAUAUCCUUUGUUGAAGAAAUAGCAAUGCACAAAGGUGAGCCGAUCAAACAAGGCAUCUAUGUGCAGCCACCAAUCAGCAGCUACUGAGCCUAUCUAGAUAGGCUUUUCAGCAAAGGAUAUCAAGAGAAUGAAACAAAUUAGAUAAAAGAAGUAAAUUAGAAAGUUGUUUAUAAUCGCUUGUUCUAUCUGAAUCAUGAAAUAAAACAAAUUGGGGUUUAAUGACCCUUUAAAGUGAAGGUCAAUUUUCUACUAAUCGACUACCGCAAUGCAUUAAGCCAUAUUCCUGCUAUGUGGUCGCUACCUUAUUUUUCUCAAUAUCGUUCUUGUUUUUUAAUAAAAUUUCUACCGCGCAUACCUCAAACUAAUAAUAAACUAAUAAACUUAUAAUAAACAUACAUAUUUAAUAUUACGAUUUUGUAGCAUAUUUCAUACUUUAAAUAAACACCAGUGGUCUGGUUGUUUUUUUCUCUGAUUGUAUUAAUAGAAUUUAUACUACGCAUGCACGUCUCAUGAAUGAUCAUGGAAAACUAACUACGAUAUCAGAAGGUUAACGCAUGCGCAGAACUACCAACUGACUUUAGAGUCUGAGCUUCAUCCCCCGGGGCGAAAACGGCCAUUGGACGAUUGAAUAGGACUAGCCUGUCAAUCACUUAUAGAAAACGGUGGGCGGAGGAUAGAACUGUAACGGAGGAUAAUUAGAAGGUAAAAAUAAAAUUUAUAUUGGAUUGCUAAAAAAUGAUGAAUGAACUUCAGCUAUUUUUUAAAAAGGAAUAGAAUGGCUUGAGCAUUGACCUUCACUUUAAUGCUGCUGUAUUAGUUUUGAUCAUAUGCUCAAUAUAAAUUUUUAGUACCAUGCCCCUUAAGUAUGGUGCCUGAUCCUGCUACUUGCUAUUUAGUGAUUGCUUAGAUCAGUCUAAAGAAGAGAAGCUAAAUAUAUUAAGGUGGUUUUCCAAGACUGUGCUGAGACAAUAAAACCCCAACAUAAUUUGAUUUAAAAAAAAUAGUUUGUCACAAAGGAAAUGCAGAAUUAACUUGUCAUAUUAAUUAAAUACAAAUCUGUCAUAUAAAUAAAAUAGAAAGUGAAUAAUCUUCAGUUCACCUACAGAUCAUAAUGAGGCUCUCUUCACUAGAGUAGUAAGUGCUGCAAUUCACUGAACAAGGACAGUGAUUGACAUCAAUAAGCUAAAAAACAAAAUGCAUUUAUUUUUAUAAUAUAUAUCAUAUAUAAUUCAUACACUGCAAGCUCCCUGAGAGAGACGUUUUCUCUUAUUGCUUCACACAGACACAACUAGAAAUAAGAGGAAUGCAAAGCAAAAUAUUCAUAUAUUGUUUUAUAUACAUAUAAUUCACUUUUUGUUGCUGUAUUGUUAUUACUAAUUCAAUUCAAAUACUAAACUGUGCAGGUGGAUAGUUUGGGUCAAUAGAAGAUUGAAAAUGUGCUUUUGGAAUUUGCAUAUUCCCAUGUACACAUAUUUGUAUUUAUCAGACACACCUUAAAAAUCUACAGCAUCUAAGGGAAAUGCUACAGCCAUCUUCACAUUUGACCAAUGAGUUACUUGCUUACAAAAAAAGGAGGAUACAUAAAACAAUAGCAGUAGUAUUGAUAGUGGUACUAAAAUUGUAACACGCAAAGCUGUUGUCCUAUAUAAUCAAAUAUGGAAUAUUAAUAAUUGAUGAUUGGGUGAUUAAACAAGCAUUUUAAUUGUUAUUUUUAAAUUAAAAAUUAUUUUUAAAAUAUAUAUUAAUAAUGGCUUAAAAUGGGACAAAAAAUGCAUUAUUUUGAAGCUCUAACAGACAAACAUUAAGGACUUUUUACAGCAUUUGCAGAAAACAGGAUUCACUUUUUGGCCUCCCUAGGGAGCGUGGGGAAAAAGCAAUUUUUACACAAAAAAGCAAAAGGUGUAAAAAUUUAAUUUUUUAACAGAAGGAAGAGUAAAUUAACAUUAAUUGACUGCAUGGCUGGUCUGUUCAUUCUCUACUUCUACCAUGGCAUUUUAUAAUUGGAGUAAAUGUGAUGAGAACCAAAUACAGAAAGCCUAAACAUUAAAUGUCACCUAAAAAUGUAUUAUUGCAAAGAACAGAGUUCAUUCCAUUUAAAGGUAGAAGAAAAUUAAUUUUACUUAGCAAUGACUACAAACUGUCUGCAGAAUCCAUAGUUCAAAUAAGCUUACUCAAAAAAUAACAUCGCAUUUACUUUGAUACUAACUCAGUAAUGAUUUGUAUGUUAACAUAUAUAUAUAUAUAUAUAUAUAUACAUAUAUUUCAUUUGGUUUUAUGCUUCAAUAUUUACACUUUCUUGUGAUUGUUAUUUUCAUUCUAUCAACUAGUUGGCAGCUAUAAAUAUAUAGAGUAUUACAGUCUGUAUUGGUACGCAAAAUGUAAUCUAUCUCAAAUGUAAUGUAAUGUCAAAUUGUAUGUUUCUGUAUAUAAAAAAUAAACUUCAAUUUUGCUUUA